UUGGGGCUGGCGGGCCGCCAUCUUGCUUCUUGUUCUCCCUCGCUCUCGGCCUGUCUGCGGCCGCCUAGUGUUCUGGCCGUUCGUUCGUCCGUCUGUGCGCUCCUCUCGUCUCCGACCGGCAGGUCCUCACUCCAUCGUUGCCGCGCCUCCCGUCCGGCUCCAGAGCCCGGCCCGCGGGGCUUUUAGAGGUGUGCACCCAGCUCGACGCUCGCCCUGGCGGACUACUGUUAAGGGGUGCGGCAGGUUUUGGACUCGAUGAGUUUCCACCGAAAUGUCGGAGAAGUCAGGUCAGAAUACAAAAGCAAAGGAUGGAAAAAAGUAUGCAACACUCAGCUUAUUUAAUACUUACAAAGGAAAAUCACUAGAAACUCAGAAGACCACAGUUGCAGCUCGACAUGGAUUGCAGAGUCUUGGAAAAGUUGGUAUAUCGCGGCGUAUGCCUCCACCUGCUAAUCUCCCAAGUCUGAAAGCAGAAAAUAAAGGCAAUGAUCCUAAUGUAAACAUUGUACCUAAAGAUGGCACGGGGUGGGCAUCAAAGCAAGAACAACAUGAAGAAGAAAAAACACCUGAAGUUCCACCAGUACAGCCAAAACCUGGGGUUACAGCUCCCCCAGAAGUAGCACCUGCUCCUAAAUCAUGGGCCAAUAACAAGCAAGGUGGGCAAGGAGAUGGAAUACAAGUGAAUAGUCACUUUCAACAAGAAUUUCCCAGCUUGCAGGCAGCUGGAGACCAGGAAAAAAAAGAAAAAGAAGGAAAUGAUGACAACUAUGGACCUGGACCCAGUUUACGCCCCCCAAAUGUUGCUUGUUGGAGAGAUGGUGGUAAGUCUGCUAGCUCACCUUCCACUUCUGAUCAGGAUGAAAAGCUCCCCGGUCAGGAUGAAAGCACAACUGGAAGCUCAGAACAAAAUGAUAUCCUUAAAGUGGUGGAAAAGAGAAUAGCCUGUGGUCCCCCCCAGGCUAAACUGAAUGGACAACAGCCUUCCCUGGCUUCCCAAUAUAGAGCGAUGAUGCCUCCUUAUAUGUUUCAACAGUAUCCAAGGAUGGCGUACCCUCCUCUCCAUGGCCCCAUGAGGUUUCCACCUUCUUUAUCUGAAACAAACAAAGGUGUUAGAGGAAGAGGCCCUCCUCCUUCUUGGGCCACUGAGCCAGAGCGCCCCUCCAUCCUUAGUGCAUCCGAACUGAAGGAACUUGAUAAAUUUGAUAACCUAGAUGCUGAAGCUGAUGAAGGUUGGGCAGGUGCUCAGAUGGAAGUAGAUUAUACAGAACAGCUGAAUUUCAGCGAUGAUGAUGAGCAAGGAAGUAGCAGUCCUAAAGAAAGUAGCAGUGAGGAUCAAGUUUCAAAAGCCUCUGAAAACACUGAAAACCGAAAGGAGCCAGAUGAGGCUUGCAACACUAAAUCAUCGCCUCCGGCACCUGCCCAGCCUUCAGUAGCAAAAGGUCCCUAUGGGAAAGGAUCUCCCUUUAAUCAGGACCGUGGACCGGCUUCUCACCUACCACCACCUCCAAAAUUACUUGCACAGCAGCAUCCUCCUCCUCCUGAUCGACAGGCAGUACCUGGGAGGUCAGGCCCUUUUCCCCCUAAGCAGCAAAUACCUGAUGAAGAUGAAAUCUGGAAACAAAGAAGGCGACAACAAUCAGAGCUUUCUGCUGCAGUUGAACGUGCUCGGAAGCGCCGGGAAGAGGAAGAGCGAAGGAUGGAAGAACAAAGGAAGGCAGCUUGUGCAGAGAAAUUGAAAAAGCUGAAUGAAAAACUUGGCAUUGUGGACAAGCAACCAACUCCUGAAGAAAUUAGAGAAAAAGAACGAGAAAAAGAACGAGAGCGUGAGAAAGAACUUGAAAAGGAACAAGAACGGGUAAGAGAAAAGGAGAGAGAAAAAGAAAGAGAAAGACAACAGGAAAAGGAGAAAGAAUUGGAGAGGGAACAGGAAAAACAACGAGAAUUGGAAAAGGAAAGAAAGCAAGAAAAAGAGAAAGAACUUGAACGGCAGCAGGAAAAGGAAAAAGAGCUCCUAAAGGUGAAAGAGCAGGAAAAGGAAUGUGAAUUAGAGGAAGAAACAGAGAGGGAGAAACUGGAGGACAAACUUGAACACAGAGAACCUAAUUUAGAGCCUAUGGCAGAAAAAAAAGAAAAUGAAAACACCUGUAAUAAAGAAGAUGACCUGAUUUUUACUCGACAAGACAAUGAUUGCAGUGAAAAAGAGAGUACACAAGUGGUACAUGAAACAGAAAUAGAGUCAGGGUCUCAACCUCGACCUGCUGUGUUAUCUGGUUAUUUUAAACAAUUUCAAAAAUCUUUGCCACCACGAUUCCAGCGGCAACAGGAACAGAUGAAACAGCAGCAGUGGCAGCAGCAGCAGCAGCAAGGUGUAAUUCCACAGACUGUGUCUUCUCAACCCUCUAGUGGUGCUGUCCCUCCCCCACCACACAGACCUCUGUACCAACCCAUGCAGCCUCACCCACAGCAUCUGGCUUCUAUGGGUUUUGAUCCAAGGUGGCUUAUGAUGCAGUCAUACAUGGAUCCUCGAAUGAUGUCCGGCAGGCCUGCUAUGGAUAUUUCCCCCAUUCAUCCUGGAAUGAUUCCUCCAAAACCGUUAAUGAGAAGAGACCAGAUGGAAGGGUCAGCAAAUAGUUCUGAGUCCUUUGAGCAUAUAGCUCGGUCUACAAGAGAGCAUACCAUUUCUGUCUCUGAGCCACGUUUGAUGUGGGGGUCAGACCCCUAUCCUCAUAAUGAACCUCAGCAGGCCUCUACUCCAAAAGCAGCUGAAGAAUCUGAGGAUGUCAGGCCUGAAGCUGCACUGGGUCAGGAACAGAUUACUGCUACUUACCCUAUAGAACAUGGGCAGACAGAGACUCAUCCAAAAGCAGACUUUGUCAGAGAAUCAAGUGAAACAGAAGUAAAAUUUUUAAGCAGAUCUGUAGAAGAUGUUAGACCUCAUCAUAGUGAUACAAAUAGUCAGUCUACUUGUUUUAAUAUACCCGAUCAAAAGGCUGUCUCUACUUCUCAAGAGGAGCGGCUUUCAGCUGGGGAAAGUCAACCUGCCCGGAAAAGAAGUGUUUCCCAUGGAUCUAGUCACACUCAAAAACCAGAGGAGCAAAGAAGUGAGCCAUUAGCAAGCAUUCCCAAAGUUACCAAUAGAUGCGCUGAUUCAAAAGAACCAGUCGAAAGGCCAGAGGAAAAACCAAAAAAGGAUAAUUUUCUCCGCUCUUCUGAAGGACCAAAACCUGAAAAACUGUAUAAAUCUAAAUCAGAAACUAGGUGGGGCCCAAGACCAGGCUCUAACCGAAGAGAAGAAGGUAGUGAUAGGCCUGUGAGAAGAUCUGGCCCCAUUAAAAAACCUAUACUACGAGAUAUGAAGGAGGAACGAGAGCAGAGGAAGGAGAAGGAAGGAGAAAAAAUAGAAAAGACAACUGAAAAAGUGGUAAAGAAUGAAAAGGCAGAAAAGAAAGAGCCUCUUCCUCCACCCCCACCACCCACAGCACUGGCUCAGUCACCGUCAGUUCCAACACCACCUCAAGAACUAGAGAAAUUUCCUUCAACAGAAGCUGCAUCAUUGCCACAAAAGCCUCCUCAGGAUACUGAGAAAGCUUUGGAACCUGUAAAUACCGCUGAGGUAGAGGUUACAGCUAAAACUGUAAACCAGCAAACUGUUGUAGCAGCACCAGUAAAAGAAGAAAAACAACCUGAAAAGAUUAUCACCAAAGACCUUGUUACAGAGAAACCUCGGUCAGAUUCAAGACCAACAGUUAAAAAGGAAUCAACUUUACCUCCAAGGACCUAUUGGAAAGAAGCUAGAGAUAGGGAUUGGUUUCCAGAUCAAGGGUACAGAGGCCGAGGCCGAGGAGAAUAUUAUUCAAGAGGUCGUAGCUAUAGAGGCUCUUAUGGAGGGCGUGGCCGUGGGGGUAGAGGACACACUCGAGAUUACCCUCAGUAUAGAGAAAAUAAGCCCCGGACAGAGCAUCUGCCCCCAGGACCACUCAGACAGCGAGAAGAAAGUGAAACACGAAGUGAGAGCUCUGAUUUUGAAGUCGUUCCCAAAAGAAGGCGCCAGAGAGGCUCCGAGACUGACACAGACAGUGAAAUUCAUGAAAGUGCAAGUGACAAAGACAGUUUAAGCAAAGGUAAACUUCCCAAAAAGGAGGAGCGGACUGAAAACAAAAAACCUAUGAACAAGCCUCAAUAUUCCUUCAAGCCUGAUAAUCAUGUCCGAAUUGAUAAUAGACCUCCAGAAAAAGCUUUUGCACGUGAUGAUGACAAAUCAAAACCAGGGUUCCUUCCUAAAGGAGAGCCUACCAGGCGAGGCCGAGGAGGUACCUUCCGACGUGGUGGAAGGGAUCCUGGGGGUCGCCCAACACGCCCUCCUACCCUACGAAGACCCCCCUAUCGGGACAAUCAGUGGAAUCCAAGGCAGACAGAAGUUCCUAAGAUGGAUGAUGGCGAGCCACCAAGAAGACAUGAGCAGUUUAUUCCUAUACCAGCAGAUAAACGAACUCCAAAAUUUGAGCGAAAAUUUGACCCAGCUAGAGAACGGCCCCGAAGACAACGUCCUACUCGACCACCAAGACAGGAUAAACCUCCUAGAUUUAGAAGGCUUAGAGAGAGGGAGGCUGCUUCAAAAACUGGUGAGGUAGCAGUGCCCACAAAUGGCCCACUUAGCAGUAUAGUUCCAGAACCAGUCAGUACUGCUGGGGACAUUUCUGGGAACAAGACACCAGACUUAUCUAAUCAGAAUUCUUCAGACCAGGCAAAUGAAGAAUGGGAAACUGCAUCUGAAAGCAGUGAUUUCAAUGAGAGGCGAGAGAGAGAUGAAAAAAAAAAUGCAGACUUGAAUGCUCAAGCUGUUGCAAAGACUGGAGAGAAUGUUGUGACCACAAAGAGGGAAAUAGCAAAGAGAAGCUUUUCUAGUCAAAGACCUGGUGUAGAUCGGCAGAAUCGCCGUGGCAACAAUGGUCCACAGAAAUCUGGGAGGAAUUUCUCAGGCCCAAGGAAUGAAAGGCGAAGUGGUCCACCGUCAAAGAGUGGGAAGAGAGGACCAUUUGAUGACCAGUCUGUAAGCACAGCUGGUGUUGAUCCUGUUGGUGGCAGCUCAGCACACCACCAGGAAGGAGCACCUAACAAUACAGGACAAAAGAACUCCAAAGACUCUUCUGGAAAGAAAAGAGAAGACCCCAAACCAGGUCCUAAGAAGCCGAAAGAGAAAGUAGAUGCUCUAUCACAAUUUGAUCUCAACAAUUACGCAAGUGUUGUUAUCAUUGAUGACCAUCCUGAAGUAACAGUGGUUGAAGAUCCUCAGUCAAAUUUGAACGAUGAUGGCUUUACUGAAGUGGUAUCAAAAAAACAACAAAAACGAUUACAGGAUGAAGAACGUCGGAAAAAGGAAGAACAGAUCAUACAGGUGUGGAACAAAAAGAAUGCAAAUGAAAAAGGAAGGAAUCAAACUUCUAAACUUCCACCAAGAUUUGCAAAAAAACAGGCUACAGGGAACCAGCAAGCUCAACCUCCAGCCUCUGCUCCAGUUCCAACUUCAACUGUCACUGCAUCUUCAAGUUUAACUCUAGUCCCAGCGUCAACCUCGGCUCCAGUUCUGACAGUACCCUCAACUCCAGUGCCAACCUCAGCCACAGCACCUGUCAUAACCUCUACAUCUGUCCAAGUUCCAGCUUCCACCACAGCUCCAGCUCCCUCCUCCUCUUCAGUACCAGCUCCCACCCCUAUCCUUGCUUCAGCUUCUUCACCAAUCCCUGUUCCCAUUCUGCCCUCAGCCUCAAUUCCCAUCCUUGCUUCAGCCCUUGCACCAGCUUCAUCACCUACUCCACCUUCAACCACCUCUGCGCCAACUGUCUCAAAUCCAGAUACCCUCACCUCAACCCCCACAGCCCCCAUCUCAGCCACUCCAGCUUCAGUCUCUGUCCCUGCUCCUGUCACUGCUCCGGCUCCCACUGCUCCAGCACAGACUCAAGGACAAACUCACAAACCAGUCCAGAAUCCACUGCAAACCACAACACAGUCUUCAAAGCAACAGCCCCCACCUUCCAUUAGACUACCGUCAGCUCAAACGUCUAAUAGUACAGAUUAUGUAGGCGCAGGAAAACCCCUCCAGACCUCACAGUCACAUGGCACCCUUACUGCUGAAAUAUGGGAUAAUAAGGUGCCCCCCCCAGCUGUACUGAAUGACAUCUCUAAGAAAUUAGGUCCCAUCAGUCCACCACAGCCACCCUCAGUUAGUGCCUGGAAUAAGCCUCUAACAUCGUUUGGAUCAUCUCCUACACCAGAGGGACCAAAGAAUGGUCAAGAAAGUGGAGUUGAAAUUGGAAUUGAUACAAUUCAGUUUGGUGCUCCAGCUUCAAGUGGAAAUGAAAAUGAAAUUGUUCCUUUGCUUUCGGAAAAAACUGACAAAAUCCCUGAGCCCAAGGAACAAAGGCAAAAGCAACCACGGGCUGGCCCUAUCAAAGCCCAGAAGCUUCCAGAUUUAAGUCCAGUAGAAAACAAGGAACAUAAACCCGGUCCUAUUGGGAAAGAACGAUCAUUGAAAAAUAGAAAAGUAAAGGAUGCCCAACAGGCAGAACCAGAAGGACAAGAGAAACCAAACCCUGCUCCUGUCAGAAGUACAGAUCCCGUGACAACAAAGGAAACCAAAGUAGUUCCAGAAAUGUCCCCAGAAAUAGGAACAAUGAUCUCAGUAUCAUCUUCUGAGUAUGGCACUAAUGCAAAGGAGUCAGUAACAGACUAUACUACACCUUCUUCUUCUCUGCCUAACACUGUGUCUACUAAUAAUGCAAAGAUGGAAGAUACUUUGGUUAAUAAUGUGCCCCUGCCCAACACCCUUCCCCUCCCUAAGAGGGAGACUGUCCAACAGAGCUCCAGCCUCACUUCAGUUCCUCCCACUACUUUCAGCCUCACCUUCAAGAUGGAGUCAGCACGCAAGGCCUGGGAGAAUUCUCCAAAUGUCAGGGAAAAGGGAUCCCCAGUCACUUCUACUGCACCUCCAAUUGCCAGUGGAGUCAGCAGCAGUACCAGUGGACCAAGCACUGCAAGUUACAAUUCCUUCUCAAGUGCUUCUAUGCCUCCCAUUCCUGUUGCUUCAGUCACUCCCACAACAUCACUCUCAGGAGCUGGUACAUACACUACCUCUUCUUUGAGUACAAAAUCUACAACCACAUCAGACCCCCCUAACAUUUGCAAAGUGAAACCCCAACAAUUACAGACAAGCAGCCUGCCCUCUGCAAGUCACUUCUCACAAUUAAGCUGUAUGCCUUCCCUCAUUGCUCAACAACAGCAGAGUCCUCAGGUCUAUGUGUCUCAGUCCGCAGCAGCUCAAAUCCCUGCUUUCUAUAUGGACACUAGUCAUUUAUUCAACACUCAACAUGCACGGCUGGCUCCACCAUCAUUGGCUCAGCAACAAGGAUUCCAGCCCGGUCUUUCUCAGCCAACUUCAGUUCAGCAAAUUCCAAUACCUAUUUAUGCUCCACUGCAAGGACAACAUCAAGCUCCACUGAGUUUAGGUGCAGGACCUGCUGUUUCGCAGGCUCAAGAGCUAUUCAGUUCUUCACUUCAGCCAUACAGAUCUCAGCCAGCCUUUAUGCAAAGCAGCCUAUCCCAGCCAUCUGUAGUCCUUUCUGGCACUGCCAUCCAUAACUUCCCAGCUGUCCAACACCAGGAACUUGCCAAGGCACAGUCAGGACUUGCCUUUCAGCAAACAUCAAAUACUCAACCUAUACCUAUAUUGUAUGAGCACCAGCUGGGUCAGGCAUCAGGGCUAGGAGGUUCCCAACUGAUUGACACACACCUACUCCAGGCUAGAGCAAAUCUUACCCAGGCUUCUAAUCUUUAUUCUGGACAAGUGCAACAGCCUGGUCAAACAAAUUUUUAUAACCCUGCCCAGUCUCCGAGUGCUCUCCAGCAGGUAAACUAUGGCAUGGUUACAGUACCUUUGCCAGCAUCUCAACUUUCUUUGCCUAAUUUUGGAUCCACGGGACAACCAUUAAUUGCAUUGCCACAGACUCUCCAGCCCCCAUUACAGCAUACAACUCCCCAAGCACAGGCUCAAAGCCUUAGUCGUCCUGGACAAGUAAGCCAGCCCUUCAGAGGAUUGAUCCCUGCUGGAACACAGCACAGCAUGAUUGCAACCACAGGGAAAAUGUCUGAAAUGGAACUAAAAGCUUUUGGAAGUGGCAUUGACAUAAAACCAGGCACCCCUCCAAUCAGUGGUAGAAGCAGCACAUCAACAUCUAGCCCCUUCCGGGCUACUUCCACAAGUCCGAACAGCCAGUCCAGCAAAAUGAACAGCAUUGUCUAUCAGAAGCAGUUCCAGUCAGCCCCUGCCACUGUGAGAAUGACACAACCAUUUCCUACACAGUUUGCACCCCAGAUUCUCUCUCAGCCUAACCUGGUCCCUCCAUUGGUAAGAGCCCCACAUACUAACACCUUCCCAGCGCCUGUUCAGAGGCCACCCAUGGCAUUGGCCAGUCAGAUGCCUCCGCUGACCACAGGCCUCAUGAGCCAUGCUCGUUUGCCACAUGUAGCCAGGGGUCCUUGUGGAUCACUGUCUGGAGUCAGAGGUAAUCAGGCCCAGGCUGCGUUGAAGGCUGAACAAGACAUGAAGGCAAAGCAAAGAGCAGAGGUUCUUCAGUCCACGCAACGGUUCUUCUCUGAACAACAACAGAGCAAACAGAUAGGAGGCAAAGCCCAGAAAGUGGACAGUGAUACAAGUAAACCUGAAACACUGACUGACCCUACAGGUGUGUGUCAGGAAAAAGUAGAAGAAAAGCCACCCCCUACACCCACCAUAGCCACCAAGCCUGUUAGGACUGGACCAAUCAAACCUCAGGCCAUCAAAACCGAAGAAACAAAAUCUUAAAGGCUGUGAUCUCUUGCAGGGGGUGAGGGUAGGGCGAGGGGAAAGAGGGAGAAUAAUGUGAUGUCAGAUAAUGCCAGUGGCCAAAGGGGUCAAAUGGUCUGACAUCCUAAGCAGAGCUUGGAGAUUCACAAGGGACACUGACACACAGAUGCUGCACCAAGGCAGUGAGGCUUUGCCCAGCUUCCACUACUUGAUCACAUACAUUCUAUGGAUGGCAGUGUAUCUUCAGAUUUCACACAGUGUGUGCACGCCUUCUCUAAGUGCAUAUAGUCUGGAGCUUGUCUUGUGGCUAGCCGAAAUAGAAAUAAGAGCAAAAUGACAGCACAGAGAAAGAAAUAGCGCAGCCUGCACAGCGGGAGUCCCAGCUAGCCCAUCAGAUGUGAUUUCUUGGCUCUCUUAUGUUCUUUGGCUCCAUAGCAUUUGUAGGCAUGGCGUGAAGAGCUGCAGAUGGUGCUGGCUAGAAGAGCCUUACUUUUUAUUAUGGCAGCUUGAUAUUUUUGUAACAUGGUGAUUGAGUGGAACACAAUCAAAGUAUGGUGACUGAUCUCCCCUCCUCCCUGGAUGAGUGCUGCAGUGAUGAAUUCUCAGUGUUCAAGUCCUUGAACAUAGCCACGUGGGCAUGUGUGACUCCUGCUUCAGAUUGAAAGAAGCUCUGUUUGGGUUGUGGCCCAGAGCUUUGAAGUGCUACUUGGUAUCUCCUCCCUUCCAUGGAGCUCUUACCAUUCAGUUCACACAGGACAGAUUGGGUGAAAUGCUAGUUAAGUUGGGUCUUGCUUGCCUGCACUCACUCGGUCAUCUUUGUAUGAAUCCAAUGGUUGUUUUGUAUGUGUGUGUGGUUUGUUUUUGUUUGUUUGUUUGUUUAAUGGUUUUUAGUUAUUGUCCAUGAAAAACAGUGAGUACCUAGAGCCAUGCCAAUAAUUAAAGGAAAUCCUCUUCAGAGAAGGUGCAUUUAUUCAACAGAGUUGUGUCAUGCCAUCCUUUGGGCCCUCUGCUGGAAAAGUAGAAUCAAGUCUCAAAUAAUGCCUUUUGAAUUGUAUCCUCUAGUAUUAUAGGUGUAGGACUGUACUGUAUCAUACCUCUGUGAAUGUAAAAUACCUUGUACCUGCUUUAUUAUACGUAGUGGUGACCGUGCUUUAUCACAGCUGUUUUUAAUGAUGUUAUUCUAGAAUGUUUUUUUUCCAAAUGAUGACUGAUUGAGAAGACUUUUUUUCUUUAAUGGUGCCAGGUACCACAACAGUAACAGAACUUUGCUCUUUUCUGGGAUCCCCCCCCCCCUCUUUCUCUCUCUCUCAUUCUCUCUCACUCUCUCUUUAAAUGGAGUGUGCUGGAUGUCUAAUUUUGUUCAGAUGACUGCAGAACCUGGAAAAGCUGUUGGCUGCUAUUGAUGCAUAACAUACUGCUAUUGGUCUUUUUAUAUAAAUAAAUAUAUACAUAUAUAUAUAAUUUGAAUUUUUGAAAACUUCAGCUGUGCUGUAACUUUGGAAAAAGUCUCCCAGUUGCACCGUGUUGGGUUGGCACUGUACAAAGACUAACAGCCAUGUUGGUCUAGAAACAUUAAACAAUUUUUUUCCAUUUGUACAGGGGUAACACACUGUAUUAAAUAUGUAAGGUCUUAUCUACAUGGGUUUGAUUACAGAAAACUAAUAAAGUAUUCUCUAAAUAA